AUGGCCAGCGAAGGACUUCCAAAAGAUCAAUUCUCCGAUCCUGAGAUCCAGGGAAUUUUGGAAGGCGAUGCACGCUUUCGCCGACUGGGCUGGAAACGGCUGACGAUUAUCUCAAUCGUUGAAGCCAUUGCUUUGGGAAGUCUAGGCUUGCCUUCUGCCUUCGCUUCCCUCGGAAUGGUCGCCGGUGUCAUUCUCACCAUUGGUCUCGGCUUUGUCGCUGUCUACGCAGGGUAUAGUAUCGGCGAGACCAAGCUACGGUACCCCCAGAUCGGCCACUAUGCAGAUGUUGGCCAAUUGCUACUGGGAAACGUUGGAUCUAAAUUGUUCCUCGGUAGCUUUGUCGCUCUCCUCGUCUUCGUCAUUGGAUCUCACUGUCUGACCGGCGCCAUCGCCUUCCAGACAAUCACCCAAAGCAGCUCGUGCUCGAUUAUAUUCAGCGUGGUGUCGGCCGUGAUUUUGCUCAUUCUCGCUAUUCCACCUUCAUUCGCGGAGGUGGCAAUCCUGGGCUAUAUUGAUUUCGCUUCGAUUAUUAUCGCAAUUGGAGUCACCAUGAUUGCGACCGGUAUCCAAAGCUCGAGUGGUACCGGUACCUUCGUCGACCACACCCCUUGGUCGGCUUGGCCAAAGCCUGGUCUUACAUUUUCGGCGGCGAUCGUUGCAGCCAACAAUAUUGUCUUUGCAUUUUCUUUCGCUGGCUGCCUUCCGUCAUUCAUGGAGGAUAUGCAUACCCCUGAGGACUAUACCAAAACGCUUUGGUGGCUUGGAGGAAUCCAAAUUGUCAUUUAUACUCUCACCGGCUCGAUCAUCUACGCUUUUGUGGGGCAGGAGGUUCAAUCGCCCGCCCUGCUAUCCGCAGGGCCGGUUAUCUCUCGGGUCGUCUUUGGGAUCGCACUCCCAGUCAUCUUCAUCUCGGGGUCAAUCAACACGACCGUCGUUUGCCGGUACAUCCACGGAAAGGUAUACCAAGACUCAAUCGUCCGUUACGUGAACACAAGAAAGGGCUGGAUGACAUGGCUAGGCCUCGUGCUUGUUGUCACGAUUCUGGCUUGGGUCAUUGCUGAGGCGAUUCCGAUUUUCUCGGAGUUGCUUUCGAUCAUCUCGGCUUUGUUUGUGUCUGGUUUGUCCUUCUAUAUUCCACCGAUCAUGUGGUUUGUGCUUUUGAAAGAAGGUGCCUGGUAUGAAAGGCAUAAUUUGAAGCCUGCGAUUUUGAAUGGUAUUGUUUUCAUUGUUGGCAUGAUCAUUUUCGGAUGUGGCACAUAUUCGAGUAUUGCAGAACUAGUUCACAAGUUCCAGUCGGGCUCUAUAAGCAAGCCAUUUACCUGCUCUUGA